CAGGGCUGCCUUGGUUGCGGCGCCUGUUUCUCUGGCGCUGUCUCGGCUGGGCAGCAUGGCUCUGGGGGGCUCCUUGCCGCCUCUCGCCCCAGAAGGGCUCCUGGCCCCAGACGUCCAUUGGCCCCAGUUUUUUUCUGUGAUCCACUGGAUUCAAGCUGUCACGGCUACUUUAAGCGUAAUUGGGUCCAGCUCGAUGAUCGGCUAUGCUGUUUUCCAGAAUGCGGCCCGAUCCCCUGAGGGCUCUUGCGGCUUGACCGUUAGAUGCUGUGCAAGAGAUGAGCUGCAACAGAGUCCUUUGCAAAAGGUGCGGCCUCUUUUCUACCUGAGCCUCUCGGAUCUCUUUUUGGGGGUGUGUUGGCUCACUGGGGCUCUCCUCUAUAGCCAAGAGGCCACUGAGACAACAAGCCAAGAAGUCGCUUGCUACAACCUGCAAACCAUGGGACAGAUCUUCUACAUUGCCUCUUUCCUCUACACCGUCAAUUACACCUGGCACCUUUACACCGAUCUGAAGGUGAAAUACAACCAGAAUCUCCACAGCCAACCUCUGCAGGUUUUAAGCUCUACAAAUCACAUGGGUCGAAUAGCCAUCAUUUUGUCUAGUGUCAUCCCUCUCUUGUUAAUGGUUCCUGUUUUGGGGCUGGGCAAUCAAUACGAAUGUUACCAAAACUCCACUGUGAAACAUAGAUGCCUCCUCAUGUACAUAGAGUUGAGCAGGCCCGAGCUGCCUCCCUGCUCCGCCAUGUAUUUCUACAGCAUCAGUGUCUUCCUUGUUUCAUUCACAGCCAGCUUUCUCAUGAUCCUGGUCUUGCUAAUCCGAGCCAGAGCCUUGUACAAGAGAUUUGUGAAUUCGACAGGCUACGUGGGUGACCAGCAGUGGGCAAUGAUCAAGAUGGUUGAGCAAGGAGUGGUUUUAUAUCCUGUGGUGUUUUUCUGCUGCUGGGGCCCAGCCUUUAUCCUUGGACUAGUCAAAGUAACGUCAAAGUAUAACGGCACCCUGUACAUGGUCCUUUGUGUUUUAGAGGCCCUGACAGCAUCUUCCCAGGGACUCUUGAAUUGUGCCGUUUACGGCUGGACCCAGCACAUGUUCCGCUGUCUGAAACGCAAGGCCUGCCGAGAUGUCGACACACAGACACCGCUCUUGCGCUCCCAGAAGAGGUUCUAUGCCAGCACACUCCCUGCCGACUCCAAGAUGGGAGCCAAGGCAUCCUCCACAUCCACAUCCACCGUUUUAUGAGCAAGAGCCUCUCCAGCCUGACUACUUCAAGUCUAUUCUCCCCUUCCUCUUACUGCCACAAUGUUCUUGUCUGUGGUCUGGGAGGGGGCUGCAACAGUUCAGGCCCUGCACAGUAGUUCUUGCGUUGUGCAGUGCAUGGGAACAGAUGACUUUUUUGGUCCCUUCCAACUCUAUAAUUCCAGGAAGGGCCCAUUUCAUCCUGUAUAUCUGCAUGAUCUACAACAGUUAAAAAGUAGAGUAUUGGGAGCACCUUGGAAGAGUAGGAUCGUGAGAUGGGCCCAAUGACCCCUUGAGUGUCUGAUCAAACCAGACAACUGAAACCUGGACUACCGAAGCACAAGGAAGGUGAAAACUUUUCCUCGCUUCCUCUCUGUUUAACUGACAAUGAUAUUUAUUAAACGGGCAAAGAAUUAGUAGAGGCAGGGAGAGAAGAACCUUCUUUGCAGUCUAACAUGUUUUCAGUCUUGGAAGCUUUCCCAGGAACUGGAUGUGAUGUUGCUGAGAGAUCUCAUGGAACAUUACCGAUACGAUAAAGCCAGCAUAAGGGAUUAUUCUUUCUAAUUGGCAUUGAUUGUGUUAUUUCUUGUUUGAUAGUAAAACAAGUCCAUCUCUCAGAAACCCUCCUCCCACUGUGUUUUGCUCAAAGAUAAGACAUCUCCUAGGCCACUGUGCCUCCUCUAGAGUACAGAUGCAGUCUACAGAAUUCCCUCUUUUGUGAAACUGGUGUUUUUUUCCCAAACCAGAAAUGAUUUUCCAGGCACGUUUGAGUUCAUGUGGAUAGUUAUGGCCAAUUGAGGGUGUUCAUGUUGGAGAAAUGGUCCCUUUCAGGGCGAAGUGGGACCAACAUAUUUUAGCUUAAACCAUAAAGCUGUUCUUGUCAGGAACUAGGCCUUAGAAAAGGCAACCAUUUAGAAUAGGGGAGGGGGAAACUUGUACAGAAGUUGGGAAACAACCAAAGGAUGGUGUUAUUAGGAGCCCAUAUCCAUCCCCAGAUGCCCAUCUUGGCUUAGAGCUUGACAUGAUGGUAGCUGGAAUGAAGUCUAGAUGGUUAAAAAUGAAGAAGGAAGCACAAAAUGUCACCAGUAAGGCCCCAAUCCCUUCUCUUCAUCAGAUCCUUUGGGUCUCUGUCCCUCCUACCUCCAUGUUGGCUCCAAGAGAAAUUGUUUGGCUGCUAGGUGUGGCUAGAAACCCGAAUGUUCAGGAACAAUUCCUCCACCCUCUCCUCUUGGUGUUUGUUUGCACAGAGCUGGGACUGAGGAGGGUCGUUGUGCAAUCUGAUGGGGGCUUACUCAGAAGAAAGUAUCUCUGUUGUAUCCAUACUUCCUUCCAAGAAAGCAUGCCUUAUUUUACCGCCACCAGACUAGCCGCAUGCUAGGUGGAGCGCCUCAGAAUCAGGGAGGAGACAAGCCUGAGUCUGCAGGCCCUGAGUAGAGAGGCUGCGGAGCAAUGGUCUUGGGGAUGUCUCACCCACGGGGUUGCCAUGAGUCGGGGAUGACUCAAGGGCAGCUAACAUAAGUGUGUCUGGCUCCAACUUAUCAUUCGUGGGUGGCAAUCUUGCCUCCUUCCAGAUGAUGUGGGACUGCAACUCGCCAAGUUUCUAAUCAUUGGUUAUGCUGACUGGGGCUGAUAGGAGCUGUAGUCCAGCAACACCUUUCUGUUGCCCACAGGGAGGAGAUGUAGAAAGUAUAUUUCUUUAAAAUGUAGACGUCUAGUUAGAUAACCAAGUUUAAAAUUUUUAUGGGUGCUUCCUUUUUCAGUUUGCUGAGCUUGGAAAAAUUACUUUUUUAGGCUACAGCCACGGCCAGCAGUGUGCUGGCAGAGGAGUUCUGAGAGUUGCAGUCCUCAAGAAAAUAACUUUUCCAAGGGCUGAGUAUGGCUGUGAAUUAAAUCAUACAAGGCCCAAAUCAGUGUCGCUGGAACUCACAGAGGAACAGUCUUACUAUUUGGUACCUCAGAUGGUCUCUAAAGAUUUACUGUAUCUGACAAGUUUACAGAGUAUGGAAUGUGACUUCCAAGCAAUGAAAUUAAAUUAAUUCAGCACAAACCUUCCCCCCUUGCUUUCCAAUGGAACACAUUUGAAGAUUUAUUUGAACAAAGACAGCAUUAUAAGGACAUUUUCUUAAUU